GCCCGCAAUGUCUCCUGCCAAAGGCCAGCGCCGCCUCUCUCUGUGCCCCGGGGGCCCUGUGGCAACCAUCCCUUUUGGGGACUUGCUGGAGGAAGUGGGUAGCAUGGGCCCCUUCCAGCUCUUCUCGGUGCUGCUUCUGUCUCUGCCAGUCCUGCUCUUGGCCAGCCACAACCUGGUGCAAAACUUCAGCGCUGCCUCCCCGGAGCACCAGUGCCGCGUGCCGCUGCCACUGGCUAACGCCUCCCAUCACGGGCAACCGGUGCCUCUGGACCAGGCUCUGGAGACCGACAGUUGCCAUAGCUCUGCCCUCAGGUCAGCUUCCGGCCUCAACAGCUCCCUGGACGAUGACGGGAAUGCAGACAUGGAGCCGUGCCGUGACGGCUGGGAAUACGACCACAGCGUCUUCAGCUCCACCAUCGUCACUGAGUGGGAUCUCGUAUGUAACCUACAACCUCUCAAGAGCCUGGCACAGUCCCUGUUCAUGGCAGGUGUUCUUGUGGGAGCCUUUGUCUUCGGAGACCUCUCGGACAGGUACGGGCGCCGGUUGAUUCUCAUUUGGUCACUGCUGCUGAUCGCGGUCAUGGGGACCGGAGCGGCCUUCUCCAGCAACUUUGUCACCUACUGCAUCUUCCGCUUCCUGAGUGGUGUGGGCAUCUCCGGGUUCCUGCUGAACUACAUCUGCCUCAGUCUAGAGUGGGUGCCCACCAAAUACCGGGCGAUGGUGGUGGCCACGCAGAGCUACUGCAGCACGGCUGGGCAGGUUCUCCUAGCAGGCCUGGCCUACGGCAUCCGUGAGUGGCGCUGGCUGCAGCUGGCCAUCUCUGCCCCGUUCUUCUGCUUCUUCGCCUAUUCCUGGUGGCUCCCGGAAUCGGCACGCUGGCUCCUGAUGAACAAUGAGCGCGAAGCGGCCCUCCGCAACCUGAAGCUGGUGGCCAGGAUCAACGGGAAGGCAGCGGCAGGGGAGGCAGUGGUCCUGGAGAUGUUGGAGACGCAGCCGGGGAGAAAUUCCCCAGGGAGGGGCAGCCACUCCUGCUUGGACCUCUUUCGCACCCCUGGCCUGAGACGCAUCAGCUGUUGCCUCAUGUGCAUCAGCUUCUCCAUCAACCUGGCCUACUUUGGUCUCUCCAUGGACCUCUACAUGUUCGGCCUCAACGUCUUCCUGGUGCAGCUCUUCUUUGGGGCCAUCGACCUGUUGGCCAAGAUGGCGUGUGCCGUGCUGCUCAACUACUUUGGCCGACGCAUCAUUCAAGCUGUAUCCCUCAUCCUUGCUGGGAUUUUCCUCUUGCUCAGCCUCCCUGUGCCUCCGGAGAUGCUGGCGAUCCGGCUGGCCUUUGUGGUGCUGGGCAAAGGGUGCCUAGCAGCCUCUUCCAUGUGUCUCUAUCUCUAUGGCGGGGAGCUCUUUCCAACCGUCAUCAGGCAAACCGGCACCAGUUUCACCACAGUCAUGGCGCGUCUGGGCGGCAUCAUGGCCCCGGUGGUGCUGAUGGCCGGUGACUAUCAGCCCUCCCUGCCGCUGGUGAUAUUUGGCGUCACCCCCAUUAUCUCCGGGGUUUCUGCCGGAUUCCUUCCUGAAAUGCUCGACGUGCCGCUGCUGGACACAGUAGAACAAGUAGAAGAAAGAGCGAGGUGGAAAUCGAAAGCAGUCCUUGGAGAACAGCCGGAGAAGAAGAUCACGGUUCACGUCAUCCAGUCAACCCGCUUCUGAGCUCCAGACGGAUGCAUGUCAGGAUCACUCUCUUUGGGCCAUCCGGGCCAAGCCGGGACAGAA